AUUUUUAAAGACUGUUUUGCGCAAUCUCUAGAUUUUCUGCAAGUUUGUUCCUGUCAAAGUGAACCAAUAUGGCGAAAGUAUGUUUUGAGGGUCGUAAUCGAAAGACGAAAAAUUAGUAAUUUGUUCUAAAGAAAAAGAAGAGGCUUUCAAUAUUGGACUUUGCAGAUAUGGAGUCCUUUUUAGAAUUAUUUGAACCGGAAGAAUCCAAGCCAAGGAGAAAGAAAAAUUGGGAGCCAGGAGGUGUAAAUGAAAAUUCGGACAAUGAAAAUUCUUCAGAAACCGAUCAAGAAGAUCGGUUACCACCUGAACCUGAACAAGGAAAUAUAGAAUACAAAUUAAAAUUGGUGAAUCCUUCCAGUCAAAGAUUUGAACAUCUUGUCACACAAAUGAAAUGGCGUCUUCGCGAAGGACAUGGAGAAGCUAUUUAUCAAAUCGGGGUUGAGGACAAUGGAAUUUUGGCCGGUUUAUCGCGAGAAGAUAUGAUGUUGUCAUUAAAAACAUUGAGAGACAUGGCAAGCAGAUUGGGAGCAGAAACUACAGUUCUUCGUGAAAGAGUUGCAAAAUGCAAAUUACGAACAAGCAAAUUGGAAGAAAAAAGAGUGGCUGAAGUAUUAGUUAGAAAAAUACGAAAAGGUGAUGCUGACGAUCAAGAUGUUGUGAUUGACUUGAGACUGGCUGUAUUAGGAGGUCAGGAUGCUGGAAAAUCUACUCUCUUAGGUGUACUUACGCAAGGUGAAUUGGAUAAUGGCCGGGGGAGAGCCAGACUAAAUAUAUUUCGUCAUCUUCACGAGAUAAAAACAGGUCGCACAUCUUCCAUUUCGCACGAAAUUCUUGGAUUCGAUAAUGACGGUCAUGUUUUAAAUUAUUCUGAAAUGAAAACAGCCGAAGAAAUUUGCGAGCAUGCAUCAAAGGUUGUUACUUUCAUCGAUUUGGCAGGACAUCGAAAAUAUUUGAGGACAACACUCUUAGGACUCACAGGUUAUUCGCCCCACUACGUGAUGUUGGUCGUUUCUCUUCCGUUAAAUGAAGCUUUUCAAGAGCACUUGACCCUUUGCUUGGCAUUGCGAAUACCGUUUGUGAUUGUCGUCACUAAAAUAGAUAUAGGAUAUAGAAAUCCUCAUGAAAUUAUUCUGCAACUUGAAACUGCAUUGAAAGCACAGGGCUGUUCAAAGAAAUUGGUGCUACACACAAAUAAUAAUGAUGAACAUAAUGUUUGUAACAUUGACGCAAUACCAUUAUUUCUCGUUAGUUGUGUGACGGGGGAAGGUCUUGGAAAUGUUACAAAUUUCAUUAAAGAUCUAUUACCCACAGAUCCGACUCCUGCCGAAAAUGAUCCGGAAUCUUGCCUUUUCCAAAUUGACGAAACUUUCAGGGUAGUGGGAUUAAAUGAACCAGUGUUGGGAGGAUUACUUGUGAAGGGACUUAUCACACCUGGUACUCGAUUAUUGAUUGGUCCAUUACCAGAUGGAGAAUUUAGUCCGGUUAAAGUCGUAACUCUUCAUCGAAAUAAAACACCCUGCUGUGUGGUGCGAGCAUCGCAAAGUGCAAGUUUAACUAUAGAGCCUUUAUCAAAACGUGAUCCACCUUUACCUCAUCUACGACCCGGAAUGGUUCUAGUGUCUUCUCGUGAACAUCCUCAUGCUACACUAUUUUUUCAGGCAACUAUAUUGGUUGUUUAUCAUCCAACGGCAAUAUUUCCCGGAUUUCAAACGACCGUACAUACGGGAAACGUUCGACAAACUUGCAUAUUUGAAGGUAUUAUGGAAAAGAAGGACGAAGGCCUCCAAACUAAUGAAACAGCGUCCGUACUCCUCAGAUUUGUAUGUCAUCCAGAAUAUCUUCAUGUCGGAAUGAGACUUUUGCUGAGGGAGGGAAGAGCUAAAGCAAUUGGAAAAAUUACUCAAAUAUUUCCUUUGAUUGGAUCUCAAAAUGCCACGGCAUAAAAAAUUAUAUAAAAACGCCAAGGAAUCAUAUUGAGUAAAACACACCCCCCAAUAAGAUAACAUCAAUCCACUAGAAAGGAAUUUCUAGAAAUAAUUCAGUUUUAUUUUUGUUUUUUCGUAUUUUUUUUUUUUUUUUGACAAAGAUAAUAAUGUUUAAAUGUGAAAUGUAGUUCUAACAUUGAUAACAGUAAACAAAACUUGUACGACCGUUAGUAAUCAUUUACAAAGAGGAUGGUACAAAUUUACAAAAAUAUGUUCAGUUUGCGAAUUAACAAACUUUUUUUUUUUGUUUCUUUCAUUUUCGUAUUGAUUGUUUCAGCGAUUUUAACUAAUUUUCUUUUUUUUCUUGUAAUGAUUGGUUUUCUCUUGAACUAAAAAGAAAGAGUGAUAAAUAUGUGAUUAAUUAUUCUUUUUGCAAAAAAGUAUGACUACGUUUUGUUUAAUUUUUUUUACGUUCGAUUGUAUCAGAGAGAGAUAAAAAUUGAUAUUUAUUUAUUUAUAAAACAACGAAAAACUGGUUUCGUUUUGAAAAAAAAAAAAAAAAACCUAUUAUAUUGACAAUUUAUAUGUGACGUAAAAUCUAGUACUGAGUACUUGAUCAGUUUAAAAAAGUUGUCCUGUAAAAGAGUUGAGCAAUAUUUUUUUAAUUACAAAAGUAAUUGAGUUA